AUGCACACACUAGAUGAUCCAUUCAGUGCAGUAGAUGCACACACUGCAGCAAUUCUGUUUCAUGAUUGUGUCAUGGAUGCUCUAGCAAAGAAGACUGUGAUUCUUGUGACUCAUCAAGUAGAAUUUCUGUCAGAAGUUGACAAAAUUCUGGUAUGCUUUGGCUUUUGUAAUGGAGAGCGGACAAGUUACUCAAUCCGGAAUCAUCGAUUUGUAUGGAACAAAAAUCUUUUGGAUGAACUUAUCGAGUUCAAGGUAAGAUUUUCCUACUGUAAGGUACGAUUAGUUCAAGGUCCAAAUUAUGUCGUUUCAGUUCCUUUAGUGUACGAGACACUUUACAGGGGGAUCCAGAAACAGAUUUCUACAAGUUCUAAAGCUCGUAAGCUUAUUGCACUUUCAUUCCUAAGGAUCAGUUUGGCAUACAUGGAGUUUAAGAGAAUUUAUGAGGGGACAUAUUUGACAAGGAACCAGAAGCAGCCUUGAUAUUGUGCUUCACUAGUUGAUUGGAUGGGGGCAAGGAUUGUUGCUGCAAUAUUAUGGCCUUUGCAUGUGUUGGGAACAAAACUAGUCUAUAGUAAAAUUCACUCUGCUAUUGGAAUAUCAAAGGUUAUUUCUCUUACUU